AGAUAACUUGCGCGUCACUUCUCGCGAGUCUGUACUCUGUACUGGGUCACAUGUCAAGAGCUACCAACAUUGCCGUGUUGAAGCAUUCAGUUCGCUUAUGCGCGUGCGCCGCGCAAAACGUCGUGUUCGUUCAUACAGAAACAAACAACGGUCACUGAGUCAAAAGGAACAGCAUACAUAGACAUUCAAGAUGGGGGCAAUGUUCCGGAGCGAGGAGAUGGCGCUGUGCCAGCUCUUCAUUCAGCCUGAAGCAGCCUACACCUCGGUAUCAGAGCUUGGAGAGGCAGGAUCCGUUCAGUUCAGAGAUCUGAAUCCAGACGUAAAUGCCUUCCAACGCAAAUUCGUCAAUGAAGUCCGCCGAUGCGAUGAAAUGGAACGCAAACUGCGAUAUAUCGAAGUCGAGGUGCAGAAAGACAAAGUCCCCAUUCCUGCCGUUAAGGACAUGCCAAGAGCUCCUAACCCUAGAGAGAUUAUCGAUCUGGAGGCACAUUUGGAGAAAACAGAAAACGAAAUAUUAGAGCUGUCACACAAUGCCGUCAAUUUGAAACAAAAUUUCCUGGAGCUGACUGAAUUGAAACAUGUCCUUGAGAAGACUGAAGCGUUCUUCCUCGCUCAAGAAGAGAUUGGAAUGGACUCAUUGACUAAGUCCCUGAUAUCCGAUGAGACAGGUCAACAAGCAGCCAAUCGUGGCAGGCUAGGGUUUGUGGCUGGUGUAGUCCAGAGGGAGAGGGUACCAGCGUUCGAACGGAUGUUGUGGCGUAUUUCGCGCGGAAAUGUUUUCCUAAGGCGGGCUGAACUCGAUAAGCCAUUGGAAGACCCAACUUCGGGUAAUGAGAUCUACAAAACCGUAUUCGUAGCGUUCUUCCAAGGUGAGCAACUGAAGUCUCGAAUCAAGAAGGUGUGCACGGGUUUCCACGCUUCGCUCUACCCCUGCCCACCUUCCAACACCGAACGACAGGAUAUGGUGAAGGGAGUGAGAACCAGACUUGAAGAUCUUAAUAUGGUGCUGAACCAAACUCGUGACCACAGACAACGCGUGCUCGUAAGCGUUGCUAAAGAACUGCAGAGCUGGUCUAUCAUGGUGCGCAAGAUGAAGGCAAUCUACCACACCCUGAACCUGUUCAACAUGGACGUGACCAAGAAGUGUCUGAUCGGCGAGUGCUGGGUCCCAACUGCAGACCUUCCAAACGUGCAGAAGGCAUUAGCUGAUGGAUCGAACGCAUGCGGCAGUUCCAUUCCUUCAUUCUUGAACUGUAUCGAGACUGAUGAAGUGCCUCCGACCUUCAACCGAACCAACCGCUUCACCAGGGGCUUCCAGAACCUCAUCGACUCGUACGGAGUGGCCUCGUACAGGGAAUGUAACCCAGCUUUGUACACCAUAAUAACAUUCCCGUUCCUGUUCGCCGUGAUGUUCGGAGACCUUGGCCACGGCAUGAUAAUGGCAAUGUUCGGCGCAUGGAUGGUCAUCAAGGAAGUCUCACUCGCCGCCAAGAAGUCCAAUAACGAGAUAUGGAACAUCUUCUUCGCCGGUCGAUACAUCAUCCUCCUCAUGGGUCUCUUCUCGAUGUAUACUGGCUGCAUCUACAACGAUAUCUUCUCGAAAUCAAUGAAUGUGUUCGGUUCUUCAUGGUUCACUCCGUACGAUAACAAGACGCUCGAAGCUAAUGCUGCGCUUACAUUGGACCCGAAGGACUCCUAUAUUGAUAAACCGUAUUUCUUCGGUAUUGAUCCUGUCUGGCAGACCGCUGACAACAAAAUCAUCUUCUUGAACUCCUACAAAAUGAAACUGUCUAUCAUCUUCGGUGUGGUCCACAUGAUCUUCGGUGUGUGCAUGAGCGUCGUCAACUACAAUUUCUUCAAGCGUCGCUACUCAAUCUUCCUGGAGUUUAUCCCGCAGGUUGUGUUCCUGUGCCUCCUCUUCUUGUACAUGGUGUUCAUGAUGUUCUAUAAGUGGCUCGCUUACAGCACCUUCUCUGAAGAGCAAGCGUACACCCAAGGUUGUGCUCCAUCCGUGCUAAUCCUGUUCAUCAACAUGAUGCUGUUCUCCACCACCGUGCCAGAGGAGGGCUGCAAGGAGUUCAUGUUCGAGGGUCAGGGAACCUUGCAGCGUGCGUUCGUACUCGUGGCGCUCUGCUGCAUUCCUGUCAUGCUGCUCGGGAAACCGCUGUACGUCCUCUGCGCUGCCAAGAAGGAGCCAACUAAGCCUGAACAAACAAAUGGUUCAGUGAACCAAGGCAUUGAACUACAGGAACAAACAGACAUCAGCGAAGCACCGAAGGCCGUAGCCAAGGAGAGCCACGACCACGAAGAUGAACCAUUCAGCGAGAUAAUGAUCCACCAAGCCAUUCAUACGAUUGAAUAUGUGCUCAGUACCAUUUCACAUACGGCUUCCUAUCUGCGAUUGUGGGCUUUGUCGUUGGCACACGCUGAAUUAUCAGAGGUCUUGUGGAACAUGGUGCUUGCUUUCGGUCUGAAGGACGCAGGUUACAUAGGCGCUGUCAAGCUGUACAUAGCCUUCUGGUUCUGGUCACUCUUCACUCUGGCCAUCCUCGUCAUGAUGGAGGGCCUCUCCGCUUUCCUGCACACCCUGCGUUUGCAUUGGGUUGAAUUCAUGAGCAAAUUUUAUGCCGGUCUGGGUUACAUCUUCCAGCCGUUCUGCUUCAAGACAAUCCUCGAACAAGAAGAGAACGAAUAAAUAAAUUCAUCCGUAGUAUUCUAGUGAUAUAUGGUCACAAUGUAGCACUUAUGUAAUAUAUAGUAUUGUUUA